ACAAAUCCUCUUAAUUUAAGACUUAACGAAGUUCUUACUGCUUCACACAGAUUCGUAUUACGUAUUGAAUUUCGUUAUGUUUAUUUUAUAAGACCUAGUUUACGAUUUUACACUGAGUGAAAAUAUAUACAUAAGAACUACUUUUUCAAGUUUGACACUUCUGUCGAAUGUAAACAAUAGUUGUGUGAAGGUGGCCGUCAUAUUGAAUCAAGUGCAAGGAAGUGAUUCAUUUCUUACUCACAUAGUUGUUUCAUCUGAAUCAGCGGGAUACUCCUCCAGUUCCGCCACUUUUAAGGAGCUGCUGGGAUAUCCUGAAAACUCAAAAUGAGCUACCAAAUGCAACCCCAGGGUCGCCCCAUGAACUACCAGGGGAACGACCUGAACAAGGAGCAGACGCUGAUGUGGCAGCAGAACUCGUACAUGGGGGACUCAGGGAUACACUCUGGAGCUACCACCCAGGCGCCCUCCCUCACCGGCAAGGAGGAUGACCUGGAGAGUGAUCAGCUGAUGUUCGACCUGGACCAGGGCUUCACUCAGGGGUUCACCCAGGAGCAGGUGGAUGAGAUGAACCAGCAGCUGUCCCAGACCAGGUCUCAGCGCGUGCGUGCCGCGAUGUUUCCUGAGACCCUGGAAGAGGGGAUGGAAAUCCCGUCGACCCAGCUGGACCAGGCUCAACCCACCGCCGUGCAACGUCUCUCAGAACCCAGCCAGAUGCUCAAACACGCCGUCGUCAAUCUUAUCAACUACCAGGACGAUGCCGACCUCGCGACCCGAGCCAUUCCGGAGCUGAUCAAGCUGCUGAACGACGAGGACCAGGUGGUCGUCUCCCAGGCAGCCAUGAUGGUCCAUCAGCUGUCCAAGAAGGAGGCUUCGCGCCACGCCAUCAUGAACAGUCCCCAGCAAGCUAUGGUGGCGGCUCUGGUGCGGGCCAUCUCUAACAGCAACGACCUGGAGACCACCAAGGGGGCUGUGGGCACCCUGCACAACCUCUCGCACCACAGGCAGGGGCUCCUGGCCAUCUUCAAGAGUGGAGGCAUUCCUGCGCUGGUCAAGCUGCUCAGUUCACCAGUGGAAUCGGUGCUAUUCUACGCCAUCACGACGCUGCACAAUCUGCUGCUCCACCAGGAAGGGUCUAAGAUGGCGGUGAGGCUGGCCGGCGGGCUGCAGAAGAUGGUGGCUCUGCUACAACGCAACAACGUCAAGUUCCUGGCAAUCGUCACCGACUGCCUACAGAUCCUAGCUUAUGGCAAUCAGGAGAGCAAGCUGAUCAUCCUGGCCAGCCAGGGACCCGUAGAACUCGUGCGGAUCAUGCGCAGCUACGACUAUGAGAAGUUACUCUGGACCACUUCACGCGUGCUGAAAGUGCUGUCCGUGUGCUCCAGUAACAAGCCAGCCAUAGUGGAGGCUGGGGGGAUGCAAGCUCUGGCCAUGCACUUGGGCCACCCCAGCCAGAGACUGGUGCAGAACUGUCUCUGGACCCUCAGGAACUUGUCAGACGCCGGUACUAAGGUUGACGGACUAGAAGGACUAUUGCAGUCGUUGGUGCAGCUGCUGGCUUCUACAGACCUCAAUGUGGUGACAUGUGCCGCCGGUAUACUGUCCAACCUGACCUGCAACAACCAACGCAACAAAGUUACCGUGUGUCAGGUCGGAGGUGUUGACGCUCUGGUCCGCACCAUCGUCACUGCCGGCGACCGCGAGGAGAUCACUGAACCUGCGGUCUGUGCACUGAGACACCUGACUUCACGCCACGUGGAGAGUGAGAUGGCCCAGAAUGCCGUGCGGCUCAAUUACGGCAUGCAGGUGAUAGUGAAACUCCUGCACCCACCGUCGCGUUGGCCUCUGGUGAAGGCGGUCAUCGGGCUGAUACGCAACCUAGCGCUGUGCCAGGCCAACCACGCUCCGCUGCGCGAGAACGGCGCAAUACACCACCUUGUGCGACUGCUCAUGAGGGCCUUCCAGGACACGCAACGGCAAAGGUCAAGUGUGGCUUCAACUGGUAGCCAAGCACCGAGUGCGUACGCGGACGGUGUGCGCAUGGAAGAGAUAGUGGAGGGCACAGUCGGCGCGUUACACAUCCUCGCGCGGGAGAGUCACAACCGGUCCAUCAUCCGACAGCAGAUGGUGAUCCCGAUCUUCGUGCAGCUGCUGUUCAACGAGAUCGAGAACAUCCAGAGGGUGGCGGCCGGCGUGCUGUGUGAACUGGCCACGGACAAGGAGGGCGCGGAGAUGAUCGAGCAGGAGGGAGCCACCGCUCCGCUCACAGAGCUCCUCCACUCACGCAACGAAGGAGUCGCCACGUACGCGGCCGCAGUGCUGUUCCGGAUGUCAGAAGACAAGCCGCAGGACUACAAGAAGAGGCUCAGCAUGGAACUCACCAACUCUCUGUUCCGGGAAGACCAGAACCUGUGGGCCGGCGGUGACCUGGGCAUGGGUCCUGACCUCCAGGACAUGCUAGCACCUGAUCAAGGAUACGACGCAAUGUACACGACUGGCCCACCCAGUGUUCACAGCAGCCAUGGUGGCCGCCCCUUCCCCCAGACAGGUUAUGACCAGGUACUCCUAGACUCCAUGCAGGGUGUAGAUCUCGGCUCGCAACACUCGGAGUAUGGGCCGAUGGAUGUGACCCCGGGGCCGCUGGACUUUGACACCCUGGAGGUCCCCCCACCUCCUCCCGACAACCAGGUGGCGGCGGCCUGGUACGACACCGACCUCUAACCUUUGUCCCCCCUCUCACCAGACCCUUCUUUCGCAGCAACACGGUCCCCUUUCAAGUUGGAAUCAAUAAUAAAUCUUAAUCUUUGAAUAUAAUUCAGUUUUAAUACACCUGGUUGUACGCGUUAAAAACAUUAAAAAUGUGAUCUUUAAGUUUUAAGACAGUUCACGGAUGCAAUUUUUAAAUUGAAGAAGUUUAUUCAAUCUUUAAAUUGAAAAAGUUUAUUCAAUCUUUAAAUUGAACAAUUUUAUUCAAUCUUUAAAUUGAAGAAGUUUAUUCAAUCUUUAAAUUAAGACUAAUAAGACUGAAGACAAUAUAUUGUCUUUAUUGAAAUUUGUUUUCCUCUUUCUUGUUAGGUUUUGAUGAAAAGAUGAAUUGAUUUUAAUAAAUAAUUAAGAAGAUUAAUCUUUGAAGGUUUGAAACACUUCAGUCCGAUUUUAUAAAAAAUCUGAAUAAAGCCGUGAUCGAUGGGAUUUUUUUUUUUUAAUUUGCGUGCAACCAGUAAUUUCCAAAAAUGCAAUAUAUACUGCCUUUCCAAGUAUAUUGUAUUACCCCUUUUCAAAAUAAACAUAAAACUGAUGAUGUUUUGGAAGUUUGUAGCGUUGUCGUCGUUUACUGGCAGAAAGAAGGGUCUUACUUCAAAGAAAGGUGCAAAAACUUUAAAGUUAAGUAUUCAAAUCAGUGAUUUGGGUUGAACCCAUGUAUGUAGCUAGAUCCAUAGCACAUUGAAGUAAUUAUAAGUCUGGUACUUAACUAUUGUAAGCCGUCAGAACCAUUCCAGUGGACUUUGGUUGUAUAUUGACUUCUGCUAUCCUGUUGUUAAUUUAUCCACAUUCGUUUAUAUUUACUUCUCUCUUCUUUCUGUUGAUUUUCAUUGUUAUUAUUUAUUUUACUUUUGUUAACGCUACUUCUUCCGUUCGUUGUUUUUAGUUACGAUCUUUAUUAGUUUAUCGGAUAUCUCUCUGUCGACACUUCCCGUAUGUACAUUAGUGAUUUACAAAUUUUUAUUAGUAUUACUAGAUUUAUAUCGCUAAUUUUCCCUGUAGUACGAAGUUAGUAUAUUUUUACUCGUUUAGGUAGUUUAUUUAUCUAAUGUUUGAACAAAGUUUAUGUAUGAACUCGUGCUAGUAGCUCUCCUAUUGAGGCGUAAGUGUUUUAAUGGACAUACUAUGUAUAGGUUAUUUCAUGCCAGUUUACAAUCUUUGUCGUAACGUGUCUAGCGUAAUAUUACCGCUUACAGGGUCAUAAGUCUUAACAGUUUUGUUGUUUACCUGUUUGAUUUACGUGUUUUGAACUAUCAGACACUGAUCAAGUGAAUGUGUUUAUUUUAUAUUAUUGUAAGACUAAUAAAAAGACAAAACCAG